AUGGAGCGUAUUAAGUAUACAUUGCAGGAAACCAUUUCCAUCACGGACUCGGCAUGGCGAUACAACAUCCCCAACCUACCCAAGGCUGAAACCUGCCAUCAGGCUGGACGGAUCAAAGCCGUAACGCUAAUCUGUUCAUCUUCAGACCAGGGUAUCUACCUGCGUUGGAGUCCUACUCCAAAGAAUCGUGCCACUCGAGAACAUCGCCUUGAGGAUCUGAUCCAGGUCAGCAUAUCAGACUUUCGGCCGGUAUACGAUACCCGAGAUCCAUCGCUGCCCGCGACUCCCAAACAGACCGUCGAUUACCUUACAAGAUUCCUAACGGCUGGCAUCAUCAUCAAUGACAUACGAUACUCGUUCUUUGGACACAGUAAUAGUCAACUCAAGUCGCGCUCCUGCUACCUCUUGGCGGGUACAAAGGAAGAGGUGGGCAAGAAGGUUGAGGCCUUGGGAGACUUCAAGAAGAUCAAGACCGUGGCGAAGAAGGCGAAACGUAUUGGCCUGUUGUUCUCCACCACUGACGUUGUGCAAGACGUGCCGGCUAGUAGGUGUCAAGACAUUGACGAUGUUGAAAGAGAUGGGUUCAUAUUCACUGACGGAUGUGGCCUUAUUUCGAAAGAUUUCAUCCGUUUGCUUGCCAGUAAGAAGCCUAUUAUCUUCCGAGAUCGCCGGUACCAUCCCUCCGUGCUUCAGAUCCGAUACAGGGGCUAUAAAGGCGUCGUCACCCUUGAACCCCGUAUAGAGAAGGGUCUCUGGCUGAAGCUACGGAAGUCGAUGAAGAAGUUUAGUGGAACGACUGAUAUGAGUUUUGCUGUCGUGGAAUACUCCAAGCCUUACACCUAUGGGUAUCUGAACGACGAGAUCGUGCUUCUGCUCCACUCUCUCGGUGUCGAAGCGGCAGUCUUCAUUGAGAAACUGAGACAAUACCACGACGUUUUGGAGCAAUCGCGGACUGACCCUAGAUGUGCUUUUCGGCUCCUGAGCUCUCUUGGCCAGGCUUCUCAGGCCGAGAAACUUCUGAUUGAGGGCAUGGAACAGGCCGAAUCCGGCAUUCGAAAGCUCCUGGCACAAGAGUAUGACAAGAUGGUCAACAAGCGCGAAGAACAAAAGACGCGGAUCUUGAUCCCGAGGUCGCGACUCUUGUUCGGAGUAUGUGACCCAUAUGGCGUGCUCAAACCAGACGAAUGUUUCGUGCGUGUGACGCUAGAGCAAAGCGGAGCUCCCAUGACCAUCACCGGGGCGAAUGUGCUGAUCUCGAGGAAUCCGUGUCUCCAUCCCGGUGACCUUCGCAAGCUGAAGGCUGUCGAAAACCCGAAACUCAAUCAUCUCGUAGACUGCGUGGUCUUUUCCACACAGGGGAAAAGACCCACCGCUGACCUGAUGUCGGGGGGAGACUUGGACGGCGACACGUUCUUUGUGUGCUGGGACCCGGACUUGAUUCCAGAGACUCUUUCUGAAGCAGCCGAGUACCCCGGAACGAAGGAGGCUAUCAGAUUCUCACCUAUCACAAGGGAUGAUCUGAUCACGUAUUUCGCCGGCUACAACAACAUGUCCCUCGGCCGAGUCAAGAAACUAUAUCUUGGAUGGGCACGCGUCUCAGGUCCCCAUUCAACGCAGUGCCAGGAACUAAAUCGCCUGUUUUCACAAUGUGUUGACGGCAAUCGGAUCAAAAUCCCCGAUCGUUUACUUGAUCCUCCUGAAGCUUCACCAGCAACUGGGCCAUUCAUCCUUGACACGUUACAUGAGCUGGCCCUGGAACACUGCCAACGAGUCAAAGCCGCGGUGGCGCCCACCACCGUUGCCAGACAGCGAGUCUCGGAUAUUGAAGUCCUGGGCAGUGCCGAUCGCAAUAUGAUGGAAUUCAUCCUUACCAGCCCCACUCCUUUCUCGGACUUCGAGUUGGCGCAAUUGACUUUGGCUUGGUGUCGAAAGAAUCGUGUUCCUUUUGAAGAGUUUUGGACCUUCUUCGAUAGCACGAAACUCGCGGCUGACGAACAGGCUUGGAUUUUGUCAGAACUGCCCCCUUCGGCCGAAUACGCGUCUUUCAUGAAGAAUGGCCUCCUUCAAUCGAACAUUCUCACGUCUGAGGACCUGCGAGCCUUUCGACUCGACUAUCAAUCUCUGCACUGGAAAUGUGUAUUUGAUUCUGUGUCUGAUCCGCUCCGGAAGCUCAUGGCAGUCGUGGGACAGACAUUCCACCAAUUUGCUAAGAAGCUUCUCGUCCUCCGGCUGAGCGAGCGGUUGAGUAUCGCAAUCUACUUUCCACGACCGAUUGAGAAGGACGAAGACAAUGUUGUGCAUGACACUGUCCGGCUCUUUGCCUUUCCUCAUUCACACAAGGACAAGGCCGGACAUCGCAGGGCAGUCCCUACAAAGAAGAAUUACCGGUUCUACUACGAUGAGACCGUCAUGCAGCUCUACGAGACUCAUCGCAGCAAUAGUUUUGUGUUCUUCACCAAGUCUGCAAACGAUGACAGCGCCUAUCGUAAUGUUGAAGGCACAGGCAACAAGGCACGCGCUCGCCAGAAGACAAUUGAGGAUGGGAUCAAUUGCGACUGGAGAGUCAGCAUAGCGUUGGGCAAGUUCAGUUCACAGCUUGCGACCCAUAUUGGGCGUACCAACCGAGAGCCUGUUACUGAUGCUGAGCUGUAUGUCAUCAGCAAUAGAGAUGUUCGCGCGUUAAGAGCCCUGGAUCUGUGGCUUGAGAGUAUCGACACCCUCAAUGUCCUCUCUAAUUUCCCGGACGGACAGCCAACGGACAGCUUGCCCAGCCUCACAGACGUCGAUUGGAAUCAGCACAGCGACUUCCUUGACCGUGUGGUGAGGCGCAAGGAGUUCGCCAUUGUCCUGGAGGCAACGAUUCCUCAAUUGCUGGAACUCCUUCAAUUCUGCUAUAUGUAUGACGUUGUUGAUAUUGUCUCAGAGGUAUAUCGCCGUCUUCUCGGCUCAAUCGCUGAAGGAGACCAAGACAAACGAUGCUCGCCCGACCACGUCAGUCAACUUAUCGAGUUCCUUCACUACAAGCCGAGUAUGGCGGUAUACCUCGCUCGCCUCUGUCCGUGGUCUUUGCUACCAAUACCAUAUAUCGCCAUUCUACAACGAGAGGUAUUCACCAUUCUCCGUGCGCUUGUCCUCUCCGGAAACAGGAUGGGAGAGCUGGUCCUCGGGCAUAUAUCUGCCAUUCUGCGCGAAGACAUCUGCUUAGGUCUGGCCGCGGCACGAAGUUUGCUAGAGACUGCAUCCAUGGCAAUCACCAAUCCAGACUUGUUGCUCACUAUUCUCAUGGAAAGCCGCGACGCCGUCGCUCACACAAUAAAAGACCAUGACUCUCAUACUGUUGCAUACUUCUUGCGCAACAUGUUCGGCAUAGUGCUCGAUCAUUGUGCCGAGGCCAACGAGAGUAAUUUAUCCAAGUCUGGUUCAUGGCUACUGGUACCGGUGAAAGGCUCGAGCGGAAAUGUGUCCAUGCUGAGAAGCCAGCGACGUAUAGACGCACCGAGGCUCUCUAGGCUUGCUGUUGGGGACCAUGUACGAUUUGUCGCAAAGAAAGAACCCCCAAAUUCCAGGGCCACACAGCCUACAACCCUUGACGUACUGGUAGAGGCGGCUUCCGACAACGAGGUCAAAUUUGAAUGCCUCUGGCAGCCUCCGAUAUGGGUCGACAAAACUGCUUUCGAGAUGAAGUGCUGUGUGCCGUUCGUGGGUGCGAAGGCGAUGGCCGAGGCACUCGUAGCUCUAUUUCCCACUGGAGAUACUUCUUGCGGUAUUGCCCAGAUUCUACUGAAUCCGAUGAUCGGCUGGACAAGUAUGACCCAAACUAGGCCCGUAAUCUACGAGCAGACAGUCGAACUGGUUGAGGGAUUGAACGAGAGUCAGAGCAGGGCCGUUGUUGUGUCUACGAGUUCUCCUCUUACGUGUCUCUGGGGCCCACCUGGCACAGGCAAGACUACGACAAUCAUCGCCUUGUUGCGAAGGCUGCUGAAGUUGAAUCAGCCCGGAAGGAUCCUAGUCACAGCUCCGACGCAUAAUGCCGUGGACAAUGUGCUGCGGCAGUACGUCAAGAAAGCCCUGAAGGCGGAUUCAACUUUGGCGCAGCCACUUCGAGUUUCUACGGAGGUAUGCGUUUUGCUCUGUAUAUUGACCAAUCUGACCAGUUUCCUCCAGCUGAUGAAGGUCGCGGACGACCUGAAAGAAUACACGUGUGAUGCAAUGUUUGGGAAGGAUCUCAACCAGCAUCCAGCCGUGAGGCGGAAGGCCGUUGCAAGAAUUUCCGAGUCGAAGCUGGUUUUCACUACUUGUGUCGGCGCAGCUCUUGGUCUACUUCGCAACCAGUCUUUUGAGACAGUCAUCAUUGAUGAAGCAUCCCAGCAGACGGAACCAGCCUCCCUCAUACCUCUAGUGAAAGGUUGCCAGCGGUCGAUCCUCGUGGGAGAUCACGUCCAACUGAGGGCUACUGUCAGUCCUCAUGCAGCUGUUGUGGACUUUGAUGUAUCCCUUAUGGAACGACUGUGGCUGGGGGCCGCAAACACGGCCGACGGCGCCAUCGCAACAGCCAUGCUGGACACUCAAUAUCGGAUGCAUCCCAGCCUCUGCCAGUUCCCUUCCGCAGAGUUCUAUGACGGGCGCCUACUGACCGCAUCCGGUUGUGAUUCGAUCCAACCACCGCCGUCGUGCUUCCCUUGGCCUAAAUCGCCACCCAACGUCAGGGGUGAGCCGAAUCGUUCGAGGCGAGCAGUCUUCAUCCAAUGUCACGACCCGGAGGAUUACGGUAAGAAGUCCAAGGUCAAUCAGACUCAAGCCAAGAUAUGCAAGGAGACAUUGCAGUUGUUGACCACGAUGCCGGCGGUGACGCAGGCUGCCGAAGGCAAGAAGCAGCCUGAGCCGCAAAUUCCCUCGAUCGCAAUACUGACGCCUUACUCACGACAGGCAGACCUGCUUAAACAGCUUUGCGGAGGGUUCACCGUGUCUAGCAUUGACGGAUUCCAGGGCCAAGAGGCAGAUAUCGUGAUCUUUGUGACCGUGCGCUGUAACUUGCAAGGAGAGAUUGGGUUUCUCAAAGACAUGCGCAGGCUCAACGUUGCGCUGACCAGAGCUAAGGCCGGCUUGAUCAUCAUAGGCGAUCAGACGACCUUGACGAUGAAGAAGGAGCAUGAGGAGGCGUGCAAGGUGUGGGAUCGCCUGAUCCGGUCCUGCGCGAGGGUGGACUUGCCCGCAGUGGUGCCUCAGCGAUGA